AUGUUUGUGGUGGGUGCUGGUAAGGAAAUUUUAUUAGUUCACUGGGAUAGUCGCCAAGAAAAUCGUAAUCCUAAAUGGAAAGCAAUAGCAAUUGUGGACGAACAUAUUCCUCACAACAUAUUGGAUUAUGGAUCCGUCGACCCGUUAGGCAGACUAGUUUUUGGGACGACGAACCUUGAAGGAUUAAAAAUUGGAAAUAUUACCUCUUUAAAUCGCUUAGCGCAGUUUGCAACCCACAUUCAGGCAGUUUCUUCAACCAGUGGAUUCGUGUGGGACAUACAUGCGACUAAUCCUCCUAAAUUCUAUCUCGUCGAUGCUGCAAGAAAUUAUGGCGUCUACACCACAGGGUUUCACAUCAAGUUAGGACGGUUUAGUGACAACGGUGGGCUCACCCUUACAUGGCCAAAACAAGGUUGGACGGGAUCUCCGCGUCGUUUGACAGUUGAUAGGGAGGGUAAUCUCUGGGUGCCUCUUUUUGAAGGUGGCGGAGUUAUUCAAGUUGAUCCACGCAUUAAUGACAUAUUACGAUUUAUUCCCAUACCUGCACAAAGGGUCAACGCAUGCACUUUUGGGGGUCCUAAAUUUGAUAUUUUAUAUGUGUCAACAAUGUGGUAUGGUCACGUAAAUGAACAUGGGCAACGUCAAAGAUUUGAUGAAGGUGGUUCAAUUUACGCUGUCAAGGGCCUUGGAGUGAAGGGUUGGCCACCAGGACAAUACAAGUUGUUAGUAGAGAAUAUGAUCACUGAAAAAUUUGAACCUGUCAGUGUCCGCCUUCCAUAAAUU